GCCCCGCGGCGCCGCACCGACAAGAUGGCGGCGGGUGGGAGCGGCGGCCGCGCGUCGUGCCCGCCGGGUGUCGGUGCGGGCACGGGGGGCGGCCCGGGUCCCAGCGCCAACGCUGCCCCCGCCCCCGGCAACGCGGCCGCCGCCGCCGCUUCGGCUCCCGCUGCCCCCGGGACGUCCCCUCCGGGCUCGGGGCCGGGCGCGCAGGCCGCGGCGGGCGGGGAGCGGGCGGCCGACGAGCCGGGGGCGGCGGCGCUGCUGCGUGAGCCCGUGUACAACUGGCAGGCCACCAAGCCCACGGUGCAGGAGCGCUUCGCCUUCCUCUUCAACAACGAGGUGCUGUGCGACGUGCAUUUCCUGGUGGGCAAGGGGCUCGGCGCGCAGCGCAUCCCCGCGCACAGGUUCGUGCUAGCCGUGGGCAGCGCUGUCUUUGAUGCCAUGUUCAAUGGGGGCAUGGCCACCACGUCCACCGAGAUCGAGCUGCCCGACGUGGAGCCGGCGGCCUUCCUGGCGCUGCUCAAGUUUCUCUACUCGGACGAAGUUCAGAUCGGGCCUGAGACAGUCAUGACCACGCUGUACACCGCCAAGAAGUACGCGGUGCCUGCGCUGGAGGCCCACUGCGUGGAGUUCCUGAAGAAGAACCUGCGGGCAGACAACGCCUUCAUGCUGCUGACGCAGGCUCGGCUCUUUGACGAACCACAGCUUGCCAGCCUGUGCCUGGAGAACAUCGACAAAAACACGGCCGACGCCAUCACCGCGGAGGGCUUCACAGAUAUCGACCUGGACACGCUGGUGGCCGUCCUGGAGCGGGACACGCUGGGCAUCCGCGAGGUGCGCCUGUUCAGUGCUGUCGUCCGCUGGUCUGAGGCUGAGUGUCAGCGCCAGCAGCUGCAGGUGACACCCGAGAACAAGCGGAAGGUCCUGGGCAAGGCCCUGGCUCUCAUCCGCUUCCCGCUGAUGACUAUUGAGGAGUUUGCCGCAGGGCCCGCACAGUCGGGCAUCCUUGUGGACCGAGAGGUGGUCAGCCUCUUCCUGCACUUCACCGUCAACCCCAAGCCCCGUGUGGACUUCAUUGACCGGCCGCGCUGCUGCCUCCGCGGGAAGGAGUGCAGCAUCAACCGCUUCCAGCAGGUGGAAAGCCGCUGGGGCUACAGCGGCACGAGUGACCGCAUCAGGUUCUCGGUCAACAAGCGCAUCUUCGUGGUUGGCUUUGGACUAUACGGCUCCAUCCACGGACCCACGGAUUACCAAGUGAACAUCCAGAUCAUCCACACAGACAGCAACACCGUGCUGGGCCAGAACGACACGGGCUUCAGCUGCGAUGGCUCGGCCAGCACUUUCCGAGUCAUGUUCAAGGAGCCAGUGGAGGUGCUGCCCAAUGUCAACUACACAGCCUGCGCCACGCUCAAGGGCCCGGACUCCCACUACGGCACCAAAGGCCUGCGCAAGGUGACCCAUGAGUCACCCACGACGGGGGCCAAGACAUGCUUCACCUUUUGCUACGCAGCUGGGAACAACAACGGCACGUCCGUGGAGGACGGCCAGAUCCCCGAGGUGAUCUUUUACACCUAGGCACCGGCCCCCACGCAGCCGUGAGGACAGCAGCCUGAAGCCACCAGAGAUGAGUGGACCGCCCCACGUCCCACGCCAGCCCCCACAGGCUCCCCAAGCUGUGCCCACCCCUGGCCACGUUUCUGGCCGUCUCAGUGGUGGUGAGCAAGGCUGCCUGUUAAGAGGAGCCGGGAGGAGUCUGGGCAGGCAGGGCUGUGAGACAAUCCCUCAGGACUGGGGGCAGGUCCCUGGGUGUGGGCGUCCAGCCCCUGGCCCUGCCACUCCCAGACGGGAGGAUGGUGUAGGCCGUCAUCUUGUUGGUGUAACUGCACAUAGCAAUGCAUCUUGGAUUUCCAUUUAUCUGGUAGGAGACAGUGUGGGGGGGCGCCUCUAGUGCAUUUGAUUGGGGUCUUCCGGUCUGUUCACUGGGGACGCUCAGGCCACUGUGACCUCAGCCCCCAGGAUGCAGGCCUGAGCCCCAGGGGAUAGGAACCAUAGGGGGCUUGCCCCUCUCAAGGCCCUGCAGGCUGGCUUUCCCGCCAGGUUCCACCCCGGCCCCCGGCCUCUCUGGACAGGCCCCUCCCAGCCCUGCAGCUGAGGGCACAGGUCUCAGCCCGUCCGCCUGGGAGGGGCGGUGCCGUGGGUCAGCCACAGUAGUCAUGUGCCCGUUGGCCCAUGGGACCAGAGGGUAUUGCCUACCCCCGCCCCCUGUACAUACUGUGUUCCCGCCCUACUCAGCCCCCCCGCCGAGGGAGCGCUCUGCCCACAGGUGCUGGAGGGCGCAGCCCCUCCCCUGAACCCCAGGCCCUCCCACGUGUCCCUGCCCCAGUGAGUCCUUCUGGAAACUAUGUUCUCCCCAAAGCCAUGAAAGGUGUGCCCUCUUCACACCACACCCCCAAAUGAUUUUUUUAAAUAAAGGAAAAGAAACACCUGC